AUGCUCCAGACCACCGAUCCCGUAACCCGCGAGAUCAUCAAGAACGCCCUCAUGAGCGCCGCCGACACCAUGGCCCUCACCGUGGUUCGCACCGCCCGCUCGGCCGUUAUCAAGCACGGCAUGGACUUCUCCACCUCCCUGUUCAACGCCGAGGGCCAGCAGGUCGCCCAGGGCCUCACCCUGCCGCCGCAUCUCGGCAGCAUGGCCCCCGCCCUCGAGGGAGUGAUGAACGCCUUCGGCGACGACGUCCUCCCCGGCGACAUCUUCGCCAACAACGACCCCUACGAGGGUGCCAGCCACCUGCCCGACAUCUUCUUGUUCAAGCCCAUCUUUCGUGAACGACGUGCUGAUCGGCUGGAGCUGUUGCAUCGGGCACAUCAGACCGACAUCGGAGGACGCGUCGCCGGCGGCAACGCCUGCGACAACACCGAGAUCUUCCAGGAGGGCCUGAUCCUCCCGCCCCUCAAGCUCUACGAGGAGGGCGAGCUCAACAAGGCCGUCUGGCGCAUCCUCGAAAAGAACGUUCGCGUCCCCGACAAGGUCCUCGGCGACGUCCAGGCCCUCUCGCCGCCGUCCGCUUCGGCGAGCGCGACCUGCUCCGCCUCGUCGACGAUUACGGCCUCGAAGAGAUGA